AUGCCGUCCCGCUCAUCCUCCAUAGCGAUCGUCACAGGUGCGGCGCAGGGAAUAGGGCAAAGCAUCGCCCUCCGCCUGGCUCAAGAUGGCCUUGAUGUUGCUGUGAAUGACCUUCCUGAGAAGGACGUACAACUGCAGGAAGUGGUUCACCAGAUUCAAGCUGCGGGCAGACGGUCGAUUGCCGUGGCUGCCGAUGUUUCGGACGAAGAGGGUGUGCGUAAAAUGAUUGCUCAAACAGUGAGGCGGUUGGGAGGCCUAGAUGUGGUGAGUCAUUCCGUGACACAUAAAGUAGGAUAUCUCUCAGUCUCUACUCAAGACUGGGACCGGAUGAUGUCAGUCAAUUUACGGGGCGUUAUGCUGUGUUACAAAUAUGCAGCAAUACAGAUGAUCAAGCAAGGGCGGGGAGGCAGGAUUCUAGGUAAGUAUCUCCGGCGUUCAGUUGUCAGGUUGAUUAUUCAGUACACAAUCUCAAGGUGCAUCCUCAAUAUACGGGAAAAGGGGUGA